GAUAUGGCGAUGUGAGGUGUUUAAAAAAAAGGAAGGGAGGCCAUUCAUGUGGGUCUGAGCUGGACUGAGUAAAACAACAUCACCGCCACUGUCAUCACCAUCAUUGCCUAACCAGUUGAUUUUUUUGAAUAACUGUCCAAAAGUCUGGAGCCGUGGAGUCGCAGUUUGACGCUUGACAUGCUGGUGAGUCUUAGGGGCAGGUCCAAUCACACAGACUGAAUGAGUCCAUCUUUUGCUCUCGGACGGACUCCUCAAGAGCACAGGACGGAUGCAAGAGACUAAACACAUCUUGGCAAUUCAAAACGUCCUCAGCAUCUCCACAGACGGUUUUCUGACGGAGGGGGUGAAUCGUAUACCGGCACCAAUCGUUUAACUGGCAGGGAGAAGAUGCCAUUCCACCAUGUGCGGGCGGGCCUGCUCUAUCCUGACAACUACUUGAGCAGCUCCCUGUCCGAGGGCAGCGAAGCCUUCCAGCUCACCAGCAUCUCCACAGAGGAGCUUGGAGAGAUCCGUGAGGCGUUUCGUGUUUUGGACCGCGAUGGGAAUGGUUUCAUCUCCAAACAGGAGCUGGGCAUGGCCAUGCGCUCUCUGGGUUACAUGCCCAGCGAAGUGGAGCUGGCCAUCAUCAUGCAGAGACUAGACAUGGAUGGUGACGGCCAGGUGGACUUUGAGGAGUUCAUGACGAUACUGGGACCCAAACUGCUGUCGUCUGACAACAGGGAAGGAUUCCUCGGAAACACCAUCGACAACAUCUUCUGGCAGUUUGACAUGCAGCAGCUGUCUCUGGAUGAGCUGAAGCAGGUGCUGUUCCACGCCUUCCGGGACCACCUAACGAUGAAGGACAUUGAGAACAUCAUCAUCACUGAGGAGGAGAGCCUCAAUGAAACCUCAGGGAACUGCCCUGAGUAUGAGGGAGUCCAUCCCAAAAAGAAGAAUCGGCAGACAUGCGUGAGGAAAAGCCUGAUCUGCGCAUUUGCCAUGGCUUUCAUCAUCAGUGUCAUGCUCAUCGCAGCCAAUCAGAUGCUGCGGAAUGGCAUGGAGUAACCAAUUGCACUGUGAGCAUGGGGAGUGGAUGGAGCAGCCAUGACCUCACAUCUUGUCUUUGCAGCCAAAGCUGGACCAGCCACAACCCAAGCACUUCUCUGAACAAUCAGUUUUGUUUUUUUAUGAGGAUUAAUUUGAACUUACCUUACCAGAGGCAGACAAUGCACCUGAAUUGAAGAAAUACACAAGUGAUUUUUUUUCAUUGAAGAUGUCACCAAGUAGAGAUACUGGACUUAAUGACUUAAUGAGCUGGAACCGGACUGGAACAGAAAUACGUUUUUAUAUAAAUCAUGUGAGAAAAGAGGGUAUUCUUUUGCUGUUUUCAAGACCAAGACCACCCUUUAAACUUGAUUUUCUAAUUAACUAAAAUGUUUCUAACAUGUAUCAGGUGCUUUGAGCCAUUCCUAAUUUUAAACACAAGCAAUGGUUAUUAUGGAUAACUGCGUAUUUACCCCAGGAAAGUCACAUUAACUGAAUGUGGGCACCGAAUGUUGUAUGCAGCAUUUAAACAUGUAGUAAAUCCCUCACAUCCCAUGUAGUCAUGUAUAAGCAUUGCCAAUUUUGUGAAAUCUGAACAUUCUUUGCUCGGUCCACUAACCUUGGGGCACACGAAAUCCUUGUGUCUCUACAAGGAGCACAACUCAAUACUUAGUGGGGGAGCACUCUAGAAAUACCAUUGUUCUGCUAUCUCUGCUCUUUAGUCUUAGUAUUGAUGUGCUGCACUGAUUCCAGUGGAUAUUUACAGUCAUCUGUAUGUAGCGUACAGUAUGUGUUUACUUACCUUUGUCUUAACCUAUGUGUGUCUAAAAGACAGUAUUGUCUAUGUUUAUAUUGUAAGCUCAGGCUGUCUGAGGGGUGUACAACAUAUGGAGGGUAAGAGUAAGAGACACCAAAUCUAUCCAGUGGCAGGAGAGCAAUGGUUUUGGUUCAAAUUGAAACCGGGUUGAGAUAAAUUACAGUAUCUUGGGUUAGUGUUUGGGAGAAAAGGUUUCACUUGAGCAUCCCAUUUUAAUACUGCCCAACCUUGGUAAAUAUAAGCCACACAAAAGCAUGCGAGUAUAAUAACUGUAUCUGAUACCUACACUGCCAUACCAAACAUUAUUCCAGCCCCAGUUCCCCUAAGGAAUCUAUUGUGUAUAUAUAGUACAAGUUAGCCUGUGUAAUGUAUUAUUCCUCUCAACAGCAGAAUGUAUGAAGGGCAGAAUCUGGUGAGAUAUAUCAGGGAUAUAUAACCGAGCUGUGAGAUACUGUUCGUAUAGCCGUUUACUUGGAAAAGAUUGCAUUCUAGUGGUUCAAAUCAGAACUGCAACUACAACACUUGGGCAACCAUGUUUACACGGUGUUCCGGAAGUGAAGAACAAUACCAUGAAUUUUAGCUUUGAUACAUGUUAUUCCAGUGUCAUAAGGGCAGUUCGGUCUGGAUUGGUGAAUAUUCUCAACUCUGUCCAAAAGAGAGAAGAAAUGGAUUUUGUCCCAUAAUCUAACCUGUAAUGUCACAUUAACGUCCAACUCAGCAAAGCAUGAACUGCAAAGGUGAGAACGGUGACUUCCACAGUAGCCAACCCAGCCUGGUUUCUAGAGACAAAGAGAGGUAAAAGGUAAAUCGCAAACAAUCUCCGUCUUACCAAGUCAUGAGGUCUCAUAAAUUAGUGUUAAAAUCUUGAAUGAAAAACAUCUGCAGUGGAAUGAGGUAGUCUCACUUGUUUCCAGUGCAGUUUCACUUCACAGGAACCAGGAACGAGUAAAAAUGAGCUGAAACCAGAUGUAAUAACACAGGUCAAACCACUGGUAUCAAGAAAUUAAUGCUUGUUUCAAGAAUAUAAGUUGAAUAGCACUGGGAACAAGUGAGAUUAUCGCAUCCCAGGGGGCUUUUUCUUUAUUAUUUUAUUUUUUACAUGUUUGAAGAAAUAAAUUAACACUGAAUAUGAGGCUAAAUGGCACUUUAAUGGCUAUUUUUUGCUGUUCUGUGUAUGUUUUCUGGCUCAGAUCCUAUGGCACUUCACUUAGAUGAAGCUCAUUUGGAAAAGCCUGUACGAGUACACAGUCGUUUCCCCUGCUCUUUGUCAAUGGAGCCGCUGAACACUCUUGAUGGCAUCACAGAUUAAAUUCUGAGAUGAAAUCCAUAUUAGUAUUUUGGAUUCUGAGACAGGGUUGGUCAUGUUUAUUGACAAUGAUUGCAUGAAUGUGGGCUUCAGUUGUGUGGUGUUCCACUUGGACAUUACUGGACCGGAGAGUAGCUCUUUCCUUUAAGUAACUCGAAGGGAUCGUUUUCUCUCUCGGCUGUUGCCAAGAUGGAGGAAAACAAAAGCGAGAGGAGAUUUUUGACCAAACCAAUGUGCAACCAGGAGAUUUACAUCAAACACUGUCCAAGUAAAAGUAAAACAUAAAGAAGGCAAGAAGGGAGGGAAUUUUCCUCUGAAGUAAAACAUAGCUUUGUAAGCUUUGUAAGAAGUAUCACAGCAAAAAUGUAUUAUACUGUAAAUCAGUAUGCAUGUCGUUGUUUAGGUUUUCAUGUCUUUGAAAGACAGGGAAAUCCAUUUAAUCUUUCUUUGUGGUGGCACGGCCUUGAUUUAAAUGUAUGUAUGAACUACUGUCAUAUAUUUGACUUUCCAAUUUAUACGGUAACAGCCAUUUUUUUCUAGUUUCUACCAGCUAUUAAUCAAAUCAGAAUGCAGGAGGGAGUAUUUUCAUAAAUAUGCAAAUACAAGGUCACAUCAUCAUCAUUUCAUCUCUGUUCCAUGUCAUAUAGAGUUUGUAAGGCCACACCAUGGAAGGUUCAAAUUUACACUGAGUACAAUAUAUUGUGUGUUUUAGUCACAUUAGGUUUUUAUGGAAUGUACUCACUGCCUCAUUGUUCUGUAUAAACUGCUGUAUAAUGUAUGCUACUCUUAUCCCUGUAAGUCAGCUAUGUCUUUGAUAUUUUUAUCACAUUGACAUUUGACCAAUGGACCAUGUUUUCACCUUUUGUCUGUUAGCAUCAUGGUCCUUUGAAACCAGCAUAAAUGACUUUAUCUUGCCAAUUCCCUGUAAUAAUUGUGCCAUUCAGACAUCCUUGCAUGGCCGUGUGAGGGAAAAAAAAAAAAAAAAGGUUUGGAAUACCUUUUGUCAACCGUUUUUGAA